GUCGACCGUCGGACAUCGUUUGGAUUACGUGUGGCCGUGUGCGAUUGUCGUUUCGUCGUCGUCGUCGUCUCGCGUAGCGUUUGUCUCGCUUAAUAGAGUGGAUAUAUUUUUAUUUUAUUUUUUCGGAUAUCCCGACAGAGAUUUCGUUCGUCAUCCCCCACGGCGUUCUAACGGUGUUAUUGUUUUUUUUUUUUUUGUUUUAGUUUUUAAACCGUGUACGGAAUAUAGUGAUCGACGUCCGGCGGUGCGUGAGUACAAUUAUAAUAAUAAAAUUAACGUUAUUCGAACAGAGGUGUGCCGCACGUCAUACACCGUCAUCGUUUUGAAAACUUCAACUUACCGACCGUCGCGGUAAAUCAUUUCGUCACACUUUCGCGCGCGUUUCGAUGCGCGUGGCGGUGGCGAUCGGUCGCGCGGGCGUCACUCGUGUGGCCGGCGUCGUGACGACGUCGGCGCCGUCACCGCCGUCGUCCAGCGGCCACGCUCGGGCGACGGGCCACGUCGCGUGAUGGCCCGCUGGUGGCAGCUGUGGCUGGCGGCCGCGGUGCUGGCGGCCGCCGGCGUAACCGCCGUCCGGGCCGACGCUUGCCCGGACGCGUGCCAGUGCAAGUGGAAGGGCGGCAAGCAGAGCGUCGAGUGCCGCGACAAGUCGCUGAUCACGGUGCCGACGGGCAUCGAUGCGGCCACGCAGGUGCUGGACGUGUCCGGUAAUAACCUGCAGAUACUUCCGGGAAGUGCGUUCGCCCGGGUCGGCCUGCUCAACCUGCAGCGUGUGUACAUGUCCCGGUGUCGGAUCGGGCAGAUCGACGGACGGGCGCUCCGGGGGCUGACCAACGCGGUGGAGAUCGACCUGUCCCGGAACAUGCUGACCGCGGUGCCCACGGCCACGUUGGCUGACGUGCCGCUGCUCCGGGACCUGUCGCUGGCCGGAAACCCCAUACAGCGCGUAGGGCCGGAAGCGUUCCGGCAGUGCACCGGCCUCGUCCGGUUGGACCUGUCCGGGUGUGAGCUGCACGAGAUCGCGGCCAGCGCGUUCGUAGGCAUCGACAGACUGGAGACGCUCAAGUUGAACAACAACCGGCUGACCGAGCUGAUGGCCGGCACGGUGGCCACGCUGCACAAGGUGCAUGGCGUCGAGCUGCAUGAGAACCCGUGGCAUUGCGACUGCCGCAUGCGGCCAGUCAAGGUGUGGCUCACCGACAACAACGUGCCGACGGCUGUCGAUCCGGCGUGCGCAAGCGGCCCGGGCCGCGUGGCCAACCGUACGUUUUCCGCACUGGCCGCCGAUGACUUUGCGUGCCAACCCGACAUCCUGCGGCAGGAUGACCAAACCGUGCAGGCGGCCACCGGCGACAACGCGUCCGUCUCGUGCCGCGUCCACUCGUCGCCGGCCGCCAAAGUUUCGUGGUACUGGAACGGUCGGCCACUGGCCAACAACACGGCGUUCGGCCCGUUCCAGAGGGUGUUCAUGACCGACGACCGGACGGCUACCGGUGGUGGCACCGGGCACAGUUCACUGCUGCUCACUAACGUUCAGCCGUCCGACUCGGGACAGUUCCUGUGCGUGGCCGAAAACCGGGCCGGUCGGGCUGAGGCCAACUUCACGCUGGUCGUCACCCGGCUCGGUGGGCUCGCAUUCCUGGCCAACGGUCAGGUGGCCGGCCUCAGCGUGUUCCUGGUGUUCCUAAUCGUCACCAUACUGUUGGUCAUCGUUUACCUACUGGUGCGGAUCAAGCGGCUGCCACCCUCGUCCACCCGGUCCGACGGCAAGCCGCAGCAUCUGGUCACCACUGCUGCGUCGGCGACCAGCAAUGGUACGGCCGCCGUGGUUGUGCAGGUCAAGCAGCCCGCGUCCGGUCAGGCCACCUCCCCAGCCACCACCACGGUCGUUUCGUCGGUGGCGGCGGCGGUCGGCGGUCCGUACGGUGGACUCAGCGGCGGGUUCGACCAAGUGACGGCCGCGGAGCCCGUGGUCGGCGGGGUCAGAAGACCCGCGAAGCUCACUGAACUAUCGUUCGCCACCGACCACUACGAUACCGGUGGUUUUGGCCACGGCGGCGUGCUGGACGCCGGCCGGACCGUGCUAUACCGGAGCCAGCCGUCCAAUCCGGACCUGAUAGUGGACGCGCCCGAACAGCAUUCACCUCAGUCUCAGCUGCCUGGCGCCGUACACUCUCAGCUCCAUCAGCAGGCUAGGAGGUCAGCGAGCGGCGAGUACAGGAGGACGGCUGACGAUUCGCUCUACUCGCCUGGUUUUUGGACGCCGUCUGACGCGGCGGCCAACGACCGGACGCCGAUCAUCGAGAAGUCGCCGCCGCUGCCCGCGCAGUCGGUGGCGGUCGUCUGCAGCGCCAGAGAAACGGUGAUGGUGGCCGCGGCGCCGGACCCGAAGGCGGCCAGUCUCAGGGUGUGGAAACACGGGGUGCAAGUGAUGCCGCCGCUGAGCGCGCUCAAGCGGGCCCUGAACAAGGGGUCGCCGGACGAAGGAUACCAGGAAGGAUGCGGAACCGACGUUUGAUCUCGACCGACGCUCUUAAGUGAAAGAAAACUCACUGGCAAUGGGCGAAUGUUGUGUUUGGUCGUAUAUUAUAGAGGUAUUCAGAGGAAAACGUUCCGAAUAAAACAAACAUCUCAACAAUCGCCUCUGUGAAACGUCGAACAUUACCUACCUACUACGAGAUCUACAUCAACUCCAGUUGAACGUUUUAAAAGCACGAAAUCCUGUCGCGUGCACGUGCCAUUGUAAAUAUUUGUCUUAGAUAUUAUUAUUAUUAUUAUAAUAAAAACGCUGUGCCAUAAUAUUAUAUUAUAUCCUUCCAAAAACGGUUUCUCGGUCGGUUAAAUUUAAUUAAAACCUCCUACGCGGCAGUGGCGGUCCGCAUUAUCUCACACGGUAGCCUCAGUCUAUCCUCCGUUAGAUCGUUCGUAUUGUUCGAUGAAAUUCCAAAUUUUACGCGAACAACGCUCGUAAAACUAUAGCUGAUGGCGUUUGCGGUACCGUGCACUCUAAUCGAUACGCGUAUAUUACGAAUGCUCGUGUUACUACGCACGUAUAUAAUAGUAUAUAGUAUAUGUAUAUAAUAUGUAUAAAUGCAAACCACGUCGUGUUUAGAGAGGGAUAGAGAGAGAGAGAGAGAGAGAAAGAAAAAGAAAAAAUCCUCCGUCUCACCACGGCUCCGUUUCGAGGGUUAAUCAGUCACGCUGUGCGGACAACGAAAAAAAAAAACCCGUUUGACCCUAUAUCGAUGAGAAGAGAGAAAGCUGGUAACUUUAACAGUUUCGAGAAAAAAACUGUAAGUGAAUAUAUAUAUAUAUAUUCUGUAUAUUCAUAUAUAUAGAAUUUAGAAUCGAAUUUAGUGCGAAGUCGACAUCAUAAUAGUGUUUGACAAAACGUAUUUAUCGCAACGGCCAUCCGAUCGGUCAUUUCUCUAUUAUAUCGGUGUCAAACAAGACUAUCAAAGGCGUACGACAAACCAUUAUUUAUUGACCACUUAUCAUCCCAAUUACCACUCAGUUUUCGUGACGAUUAUUGGCCGUUUAAGUUCAGAUGUGCCUGUUCGGAGGGAAAAGUUCAACGUUACGACUCACUGCUCUUUCCCUUACACACACCACAGGAAAAAAAAUGGGUCCGACCGUUGUCGUGUGUUCAGUAUACGACAAUUUACGAGCUCGAGAUGUAGGUACACCGUAAUAGUUAAACCGUUCGCAUUUAAAAUACCUCGAGAAAAACGUUCAUGUGAGUAUAUGGAACGGCGGACGUCUUGCCAAUACUAUAUAG